CAUAUGGGUGGGUUAGUUUUCUGUUCUUUCUUUGCACACAAAUCGUAUAAAGUAUUUUGUGUAAUACAGUGUGUGACUGGUCUCUUGCCUUUAACUGAGGCCUGUUUUUUCGUAUUACAGGUGGUAGAGCAGUAGCCUCUGCACCGUAAAACUGUAAAAUCGAUGCUGUUCUCUCUCCCGCUACACUAUUAUUAUAGUGUCACGGGUGUUGUAGAAGUACGUGCCCCCUGCUAACAGGUGGGGCUUUGUGCACGGAGACACUUCUUGGGGAAUAGGCUACUGUUUGUGUAAGUGUUUUACUGCUUCUACACGAGACCUAGGCUUUUACCGUACAUGUGGUAGAGCGUGUCCCUCAGCACAGGAAGAAAUCGAGCCCCCUGUCAGCUGGUCUCUCUCUUGCUACAUUCAAAAUAUGUUCUUAUCUCAAGACAUCAAAUUGCAAGCAAGAGAGAAGAUAAAGGAAUAUCAACUGUAAUAAUAAAUAGUGUCAAAUGACCAAGAAGAAGUGGUCAAUCAAUAGCAAAUAUGUAGCCGUGAAGUUAACCUGUAGUGUAAGUUGGUAGUAACAAACCAAGGGUUUUAUACAGGGCUAAAUAUAGAUGUAAAAUAACAGUAUCUUGCUAAUUAAUGGCGGCAGCAGUUAAAGUUCUCGCAGUUUGUUCUUGAUUUUUAGAGACAUUCAAUAAUACAUGAACAAACUAAACCAGUCUUUCAAAAGGUAUGCAAAGCAAACAGACGCGGUGUUGAGUCCCUGAUCGUGGCCUGCCUGCAAUUACCAGUUAGGUUUCCAGACUUCUUCCGCAUUUUCCUACGACUUUCGGGCUGUGACGUGAAUGCUGACGGCGGCCUUGGUGCUGGCGGAGCUGGGGGCUGUAGCGAUUCUGAGUAUCAGUGGAGCUUCGAAAGUCUCGGCCCCUCCCUCCCUGCGCCUCAGCGGCCCGCCCAGCUAGCGCAAACUCCCGAUUGAAUCCUGCCCGAGUCUGGGGAAACCGGACGGCCUGGAAAUCGAGCGACGGAGAGAGGCCAACCCGUACUACAAAAUCUGUGCUGCAGUGACCAAUGAGGUGUAAGGACAAUGGAUGAGGACGAGACCAGGCUGGCACUACAUUCCCAAGAGCCUAAAAUCAUUCUCCAUGGAUCAGACGAGGGUGGUGCUGCAGGGGAGGAGUUUGUGGUGGAGCUGCAGGAGACUGUGCUGGUGUCAGAGGGGGAGGGGGAGGGAAUGGCGGUGCAUGGAUUUGCUUCAGACGAGCUGGUGAUCCAGGAUGCUGUUGAGGACGUGGUGUCUGAGUAUGUGCACUGUGAUGAGGAUGAGGAUGUUGCCGUGGAGACGUGUGUGAUGUCACUGGAGGGGGAGGACGAAGGUGUUGCCAUGGGGGACAUUCCUGAGGAUGUGAUGGUCGCAGAUGGGCAUACCCAGGAUGAACUGGACCCAGAGCAAGACACAGACGGCUGUGGGGACUACCUGAUGAUCUCCUUGGAUGAGGCAGGCAAGAUGGUGUCAGACGAUGGCACAGAGGUGACUGUGGAGGGAGCCGAGGAGGACCAGGAGGUGGAGAAGGAUGAGGACGGCCAGGAGGUGAUCAAGGUGUACAUCUUCAAGGCAGACUCUGGGGAGGAUGACCUGGGAGAAACAGUGGACAUCAGUGAUGGAGACACAGAGGAUGUGGCACUGACGGACUCUACAGGCCGAACGCUCCGAGAGAAGAUGGUGUACAUGUCUCAGGGAGACCAUGGUUCAUCAAAGAUAUCUGAUGAGGUUUAUAUGGAGGUGGUGGUGGGGGGUGAGGAACCAGUGACCCACGAGCGGUCGUACGACGGCACGGCUCUCAGCAAGGACUUCAUGCCUGUGGCCUGGGCAGCCACGUAUGGUUCUGAGGACAGUGAGAGCUGUGAGAACAGAAACGGUGCUGCCAGUGCUCUGCUGCACAUUGAUGAAUCAGACGGAGUGGACAAGCUCAACAGGCAACGAAACAAGAACAAGAGAACAAGGGCUGAGCCUCGCCAGGUCCAGACAGCCAUCAUCAUUGGUCCGUAUGGCCAGCCUCUGACAGUAUAUCCCUGCAUGCUCUGUGGCAAGAAGUUCAAGUCGCGAGGCUUCCUGAAGCGCCACACCAAAAACCACCACCAGGAUGUCCUGACCAGGAAAAAGUACCAGUGCACGGACUGUGACUUCACCACCAACAAGAAGGCCAGCCUUCAUAACCACAUGGAGGUGCACACGCUGAGCAACAAGGCUCUGUUUGAGUGUGAGGUGUGUGGCAAGGAGUUCCACCAGCAGGCGGCGCUGUUCUCCCAUCGACUGCAGCACCACCACCGUGAGCCCAAGAGCCCUGUGCCUUCACAGGCCAACAAGAUGCACAAGUGCAAAUUCUGUGACUAUGAGACGGCUGAACAAGGACUGCUCAAUCGCCACUUGCUGGCUGUCCAUAGUAAGAGCUUUCCCCACAUUUGUGUGGAAUGUGGCAAGGGUUUCCGGCACCCCUCCGAGCUGAAGAAACACAUGCGCACGCACACCGGGGAGAAGCCUUACUCUUGCCUCUACUGCGACUACAAGUCGGCUGAUUCCUCCAACCUGAAGACGCAUGUCAAGACCAAGCACAGCAAAGAGAUGCCCUUCAAGUGUGAGCGCUGCUUCCAGACCUUUGCUGAGGAGGAGGAGUUGCUGCAGCACGGGCUGACGCACGAGGAGGCCAAAACCCACCAGUGUGCCCACUGUGAACACAAGAGCUCCAACUCCAGUGACCUGAAGCGCCACAUCAUAUCGGUGCACACCAAGGACUACCCCCACAAAUGUGCAGUCUGCGAUAAAGGUUUCCACCGGCCGUCUGAACUGAAGAAGCACUCUGCGUCGCACCGUGCCAAGAAACUGCACCAGUGCCGACACUGCAACUUCAAGAUCGCGGACCCCUUUGUGCUCAGUCGCCACAUCCUGUCGGUCCACACCAAGGAGCAACAGGCCUCUCCUGAAAAGAACGGAGCCAAAAGGACCUUAUUGGGACCUUCCCCUGCUUCUGCCUCUGCCAGUGCACCGGUGGCAAAGAAGCAGGUUUUGGUGCCCGGUGCUAGUUCUAGUGCUGCGGGCUUGGCCACAGGGCCCAGGGAGAGGAGGGUGUACCAGUGUCAGUACUGUGAUUACAGCAGUGGGGAUGCCUCAGGCUUCAAGCGCCAUGUGAUCUCCAUCCACACAAAAGACUACCCCCACCGCUGUGAGAUCUGCUCUAAAGGCUUCCGCAGACCCUCGGAGAAGAACCAGCAUAUCGCACGCCACCACAAGGACUUGGUGCAGGCAGAGUGAUCCUGGCACUGCCCACCCUUCAUACCACCAGAACAACACUAAUGCAACCACCACCACACCGUAAUCAAUUGAAUGUGUGUGUGUGUGCGUGUGUGUCUGCUGCAUUAACAGGGAACAUCUAUUAUUUUUACCGCAAUGACUCUCAAGCCAACUUUCCUGCAACUGAAAAUGAAUUUACGUGUACAUAUACCGGUGUAAGGCCUAUGGAAUACGGUGACAAAGCCCUGUACAGACUUGCACUUUAUCUGCAUGUCCCCCUGCUGGCGACAGUAUUGCAUGGCAGAAUGUGUAAGAGUCGCAGGUCUCUCUGAGGUCUUUGUAGAUUCAUUGUUUUUACUCCACAGCCACAAUCAGUUCUUUAUUAAAGUGGCGAUUUUUAAGCCUACUUUAACUUGGCACACGACUAAGAUAAAAUAUGAUCUACAAGCUGUUUGUAUUCACACAAUAAAAUGGACACUCACCUGCUGAGAGAAAAGGCAGAUCCACUGAGCAGAGUGGUCGAGAUUAACUCAAUCCUAAUAGCACUUGCCACCAAUUUAUUUGAAGAAUUAUGAAUGCAGUAGUCAUGAACUCAUUAAUUAUACCUGAUGCUUUGAACGUUGAGACACGAAGAGUAUGUGUGUUGUAUGUAGUUGAGUGCUUGCUUGUGUGUAUGCCUGUUGUGAGGGAUGUCAGUUAAUGUAUCUAUUGUGCUUCCUGGUAGUCUGACCCCACAUCUCCCUGUUGUCUUAUCUUUGGUAUUCUGAGAACUGUCGUUGUUGUUCUGAGGAGAACUGUCUGUCCGGUGAAGGUGUUGACUGCAUCAUAGCAAAUAGCCAAGGCAUUUGUAAAAGCUGCGGCUUCAGAGAAGGUUUAUUAGUUGAUUCGCUUCUUAACACAGUGAGAUACUAGAUGUGGCCAACCAUGCCAUCGGGGUAGAGGGAUCUAAUAUACAGGUAAGCAGUAUCAACUCCAACCCAUAAACCCCUCUUUAUACAUAUUAUUUUACCCCUAAUAAGCUUGAUUAUCAGACACCUGACUGAAGUGUGAUGCAGCGCCAGCAAGGCCUUCGGAGUGAGGAUGCACACUAUCUGGUACCACUAAUUCAUGAUCACAACAUUACACGCUCCUCAAAACCUAUUGGAUGAGAGAGCCAUAGGUCCAUCCCAUCUGACCUUCUCCAUUGGAUUUUGAGAAGGAGAGGAUGCGAGGAGUAUGCGAUUGAGAUUCUCCCAUCUACUUAUGUCAGUGACCAGUGAGCGGUAUUAGUUCCCUGAAGAGAGCUGUAACUCGUGGUAUGUUUGUACUCUGGCUUCGACAGAUCCUUCCCCUGUGAUCAUUUUUAGUUUUUAUAUUUAUUUCAUCAUCAUGAAAUUUGUUGUAUAGUUCAGUGUAACUAGAAUUCUAUGGGACGUAAAUUAUUGUUUUGUACACAAAUCUGUAAAAAGUGUGUAGAUGUAAACACUUACAUAAAAGGAGGAAUCAGAACUGUGUUGUUAUGGAUGUACUUGACGUAUUUGUUAAAAAAAAGAUAUGAAAAAAGAUAAUAAAAGCAAAGUAUUUUACCUG